AUGUCGGACGGAGAAGACAACCAGUCCGUCGUCGCCGCCGAGGAGGUAGAGGUUUCCGCCGAUGCCUCCGCCGGAAAGGGCCAGAUGUCCGUCCUCGAGGCGCUCAAGGGCGUUCUCAAGCUCGCUCUCAUCCACGACGGUCUUGCCCGCGGUCUCCGUGAGGCUUCCAAGGCGCUCGACCGUCGCCAGGCGCACAUGUGUGUCCUGAACGAGGCUUGCGAGGAGGAGGCAUACAAGAAGCUCGUCGUUGCGCUCUGCUCCGAACACAAGAUUCCCCUCAUCAAGGUUCCUGAUGGCAAGCAGCUCGGCGAGUGGGCCGGUCUCUGCCAGAUCGACCGCGAAGGCAACCCCCGCAAGGUCGUCAACUGCUCCUGCGUUGUCGUCCGUGACUGGGGUGAGGAGUCCCAGGAGCGCAGCAUCCUCCUCAACUACUUCCAGACCGAGCAGUAA